AUGUCAGCAACGCAGCUCAAGGACAAGAUCAUCGCCCUGACCGGAGCGGCGCAGGGCAUCGGCUUUGCAACAGCCCUCCUCCUAGCAUCAAGAGGUGCAAGUCUGUCCCUCGCAGACGUGCAAGCCGAAGCUCUCUUGACAGCAAAAGCCGACAUUCUCGCCAAAGUCCCCACGGCCAAUAUCCUCACGCUCGCGGUCGAUGUGCAGUCCUCGCAACAAGUCGAGGCAUGGAUCCAGGAGACAGUCUCGCGCUUUGGUCGCUUAGAUGGAGCGGUCAAUCUGGCGGCUAUCGUGCCGAAGAGUAUCUUCAGCGAUGCUGGAAUGGUGGAGAACAUGGAUGGUGAUGAGUGGGAUCAGUGUCUCGGCGUUAAUCUGAAAGGCGUAAUGAACUGUAUGAAGUAUCAAUUGAGAGCGAUGAAGGAGGGCGCGAGUUUGGUCAACAUGAGUUCGAUCGCGGGUUUGACGGGCAGGGCGAAGAACGGGAUCUAUGCGACUGCGAAGCACGGAGUCAUUGGGUUGACGCGAACGGCUGCGAAGGAAGUUGGACCGCGGGGAGUGCGUGUCAAUGCGGUUUGCCCUGGACGCAUCGAAACACCAAUGACCAAAGCCGUAGCAGCUUUCGCGACCGCCGGUGGGAGCGAAGACUCGUAUGUUGCGGACACCUUAUCGACUAUACCUCUCCGCCGGGCAGGAGAGCCGGAAGAAGUGGCGAAAUUGAUUGCUUUCUUGUUGAGCGAGGAGUCGUCGUACAUCACGGGCAACGCCAUCAGUAUCGAUGGUGGGUGGAAUUGCUGA